AUGUCUACCGAUACUUUGUCUGACUUGCCUCGACCUUCCCAAGGAAACAGAAAAGCAUCUGGAACUCUGUACGGAGUUGCCCCAGUCCACUUACCCCCCUCUCCACCAGAGUCAAUCUAUGUCGGCAGCGAUGAAUCCGACCGGUCAAAUCCAAUCUCGAGACGGGCCAGCAAUGCUCGAUUACACCACCGAUAUCCACUACCUCCGCCAUCAACCCCGCCUACUGAAAUUCUGAAGGAGGACCUUAAGACGCCCGACCGCCAUGUCCCGAGAGACCCUCGACUCAUACGAUUAACCGGAAUCCACCCUUUUAACGUCGAACCCCCUUUGAGCAACCUUUACGAUGAGGGCUACCUCACUUCUCCGGAACUUUUCUACGUUCGGAACCAUGGUGCUGUCCCAGAAGUUGACGACGCCACAAUCCUAGACUGGGAAUUUUCGAUAGAGGGGUUACUCGAGAAACCAAUGACUUUGACCUUGAAACAACUUAUCGACGAGUAUGAGCAGGUCACUGUGCCUAUUACCCUUGUCUGUGCCGGGAACCGUCGAAAGGAGCAGAACCAGGUUCGAAAGUCAAAAGGCUUUUCAUGGGGAGCUGCUGGUGUCUCCACGGCGCUUUGGACUGGUGUUGCACUCAGCGACGUGAUUAGAAGGGCAGCCCCAAAGCGUGGAGCGAAAUAUGUAUGCAUGGAAGGUGCCGACAAACUCCCAAAUGGCUACUACGGCACAUCGGUAAAGCUGAACUGGGCGAUGGAUCCAAACAGGGGGAUAAUACUUGCGUACAAAAUGAAUGGAGAGCUGCUUCGACCUGAUCACGGAAAACCGCUACGGGUCGUCGUCCCAGGACAAAUUGGAGGCCGUAGUGUCAAAUGGUUAAAGAAGCUUACCCUCACCGCCGCACCUAGCGAUAACUGGUACCAUAUUUAUGACAACCGAGUUCUGCCCACAAUGAUCAGCCCGGAGCAAAGCGCCAAUGAGCCCAAAUGGUGGACGGAUGAGCGGUAUGCAAUUUACGACCUCAGCACCAACAGUGCCACGGCGUAUCCUGCACACGAGGAAAAGCUAUGUUUGAUAAAUGCCACAGGCACCUAUCGAGCAAAGGGGUAUGCUUAUGGCGGCGGUGGAAGGAGAGUGACGAGGGUUGAGGUAACUCUGGAUAAAGGAAUGUCAUGGGUAUUGGCGGAUAUCAGAUAUCACGAAGACGAUUACCGAGACAAUUCCGAAGAAAACGAAAUGCUCUUCGGCGGCAAAAUCGAUAUGGGAUGGCGAGAAACUUGCUUUACAUGGUGUUUCUGGGAAGUCGAAUUGAAGAUUGAGGACAUGGCGAUCUCAUCUGAUAUCAUGGUGAGGGCGAUGGAUGAAAGCAUGAAUGUACAGCCUCGAGAUAUGUACUGGAGCGUCCUGGGGAUGAUGAACAACCCCUGGUAUCGGGUCACUAUUACCAAGGAGGGCGACUACAUUGUGUUCGAACAUCCGACUCAACCAGCUUUGAUACCAGGAGGAUGGAUGCAAAAGGUCAAGGAUAAGGGUGGAAACCUCGCAAAUGGUUUCUGGGGCGAGAAUAUGGGUACCCAGGCAGAAGAAGUCGUUGAGGUGAAAACCGAGAUUAAGAUGACCGACGAUGGGGUUGCAAAGAUCAUAACGAUCGAUGAACUACGGAAACAUAGUGACGAACAAAGCCCUUGGUUCGUUGUAAAUGGACAAGUCUAUGAUGGCACUGCAUUUCUCGAAGGCCAUCCUGGGGGGGCAACAAGUAUCACCGGCGCGGCGGGGCAGGAUGCUACUGAUGAGUUCAUGGCGAUCCACUCGGAAACGGCCAAGGGAAUGAUGCCAGCCUACCAUAUCGGCUCCCUGGAUGAAGCAUCCCGUGCCAUCCUCGCAGCUGGCGAAGGUGCUCCCUCCGAAACCACAGACGAACGCCCUAUCUUCCUCCAACCUAAAACCUGGACAAAGGCCAUUCUCUCCUCCAAGAAGAUUAUCUCCUCUGAUACACGGAUCUUCUCCUUCACCCUGGAACAUCCAGGUCAAACAACCGGCCUCCCAGUCGGGCAACAUCUCAUGAUCCGCCUCCGCGACCCGGUAACGAGAGAGGCAAUCAUUCGCGCAUAUACCCCCAUCUCGGAAGGUACCGAAAAUGGUAUCUUAAACGUAUUAAUAAAGGUUUAUUUCGAUACGAAAGAGCAUGUUGGUGGGAAAAUGACCAAGGCACUCGACGCCAUCCCGAUUGGCCAUUUCGCAGACUUCAAAGGUCCUAUCGGAAAAUUCGAGUAUCUUGGUCGAGGAAAAUGUACAGUGGGAGGGCAGGAGAGGUUCGUGAAAAGAUUUAUUAUGAUUUGCGCCGGUAGUGGCAUCACCCCUGUUUUCCAAGUUUUAAGAGCGGUGCUAUCGGAUCCGCUGGAUCAGACAAGGUGUCUUGUACUUGAUAGUAACCGCCGCGAGGAAGACAUUUUGUGCAAGGAGGAGAUUGAUGGCCUAGUCAAGGGCAGGGAAGAUAGGUGUAGGCUUCUAUACGCGCUUACGCAGCCUGAAGAUGGGUGGUCGGGUAUUAAAGGAAGAAUUGGAAAAGAGUUGUUAGAGAAAGAGGUGGGGAAUUGUGCGGCGAAGGAUGGGAAGGAUAUGGUGUUAAUUUGUGGGCCAGGGCCGCUGGAAAAGAGUGUUCAUGAAAUUUUGAAUACGAUGGGUUGGAUGGAUCAGGAUUUGCUUUUCUUUUAG